GGUGCCAGAGGUAGGGGGCCGAGAAACAAAGUUUCCGGGGCUCCCUCCGGGGCCGCGGUCGGGGCAGCGCGUUUGACCGCCCCCCUCCUCGCGAAGGCAAUGGCUUCCAAACUCCUGCGCGCGGUCAUCCUCGGGCCGCCCGACUCGGGCAAGGGCACCGUGUGCCAGAGGAUCGCCCAGAACUUUGGCCUCCAGCACCUCUCCAGCGGCCACUUCUUGCGGGAGAACAUCAAGGCCAACACCGAAGUUGGUGAGAUGGCAAAGCAGUAUAUAGAGAAAAGUCUUUUGGUUCCAGACCAUGUGAUCACACGCCUAAUGAUGUCCGAGUUGGAGAAUAGGUGUGGCCAGCACUGGCUCCUUGAUGGUUUUCCUAGGACAUUAGGACAAGCCGAAGCCCUGGACAAAAUCUGUGAAGUGGAUCUAGUGAUCAGUUUGAAUAUUCCAUUUGAAACACUUAAAGAUCGUCUCAGCCGCCGUUGGAUUCACCCUCCUCGUGGAAGGGUAUAUAACCUGGACUUCAAUCCACCUCAUGUACAUGGUAUUGAUGACGUCACUGGUGAACCAUUAGUCCAGCAGGAGGAUGAUAAACCCGAAGCAGUUGCUGCCAGGCUAAGACAGUACAAAGAUGUGGCAAAGCCAGUCAUUGAAUCAUACAAGAGCUGAGGAGUGCUCCACCAAUUUUCCGGAACGGAGACGAACAAAAUCUGGCCCUACGUUUACACACUUUUCUCGAACAAGAUCACACCUAUUCAGUCCAAAGAAGCAUAUUGACCCUGCCCAACGGAAGAACCAGGAAGAUGUGGUCAUUCAUUCAAUAGUGUGUGUAGUAUCGGUGCUGUGUCCAAAUUAGAAGCUAGCUGAGGUAGCUUGCAGCAUCUUUUCUAGUUGAAAUGGUGAACUGAUAGGAAAACAAAUGAGUAGAAAGAGUUCACGAAGAGGCCCUCCUCUGCCUUUCAAAAGGGUGGUCACCUACACAUGUUUAAGGUGUCUCUGCACAUGUCUCAAGCCCAUCACAAGAAAGCAAGUACAGUGUGGAUUUCAAAUGGUGUGUAACUUCAGCUCCAGCUGGUUUUUGACAGCUGUUGCUGUGGUAAUAUUUUUUACACGUGAUGGUGAUAGUCUCUGGUUCUCCCCAUCCCUACAAAGGCUGUUGAACCACAGCACCAGGAAGCCUGAGAAUGAAUCCUGAGGGCUCUAGCCCAGGCUUUGUCCCAGGCUUUCUGGUGUGUGCCCUCCUGGUAACAGUGAAAUUGAAGCUACUUACUCAUAGUGGUUGUUUCUCUGGAGUGACUGUGUCCACAGUUCAUUUUUUUCCAGUAGGAAUAACUCCUUUUCUACAUCCACACUCCAUUGAGUCUCUCCUUUUCAACAUCCUGGGAUGAAAGAAUUUGGCUUCUUUUUUUUUUGGACAUCUGUUUUCACUCUUAGGCUGUUAAACAAUAGUUAUUGCUCUUAUCCCUCUCAGAUUCUAAGUACUGAGAGCGAUGGGGCUGUAUUGAAUCUCUGUAUGCACUGAGAACUGAGCUAUGAAGAGGAUCUUAUUAAACUGCUGGUCUGACUCUA